AUGGAAGCCGGCCAAUCGAACAAAACACCUGAUGGCUUUGUAACCCUAGCACAAUACAAUCAACUACUCGCCAAACAUGAGGCUCUUCAGAAAACUUAUUCCGAAUACAGAAGGGACGCCGAAACGCGUGCCUUGAAGGCUGCGCAGAAAAUACGCGAAGCAAAAGAAGCCGUCCGCAGAUGGAAGGACUACAUUGACAAGAAACUGGCCAAGCAGGCUCUGCUUCUUGCACAACAAGCGAAUCGCGACCUUGAGAACCAGGACUUUGCCACUCCUCGUGCUGUUCAAUCGAACUUGGAAAACAUCCAAGAUGCUCUGGCCCUACCCAAUCCGGCCCUUAAUCUUGUUAGAGACACAUCUGCCGCGCCAUCGCAUUCUCCAGCUCACCCCAGGAUAACCUCGAGCCAGACCACUGAAGGCGAAGCUCGCUCGAGCUCUCACGCACACUCUGAUGAUACGCCUGUCGUUGUGUCUGCGAAAUCACUCAAAAGGAAGCACCAAUCCCCAAAGAAAGACUCGCAGGGUCACAGAGUAAAAAAUGAGCUUCUAAGCAGCAGCCCACACAACUCACGCACUCCGGUACCUACCCUUUUUCGCACAGAAACUUCGGAUCUGGAUGUCUAUCGUGAUCAGCCUCCCCUGCGACAACCGAAUUUGCAUUAUGAGAGGCAUCCCCUCAGUCGAGCUCCUCUGAGGCAGUCGGCAGACCCGUCUCCGGAAACCAUGCGGCUUUCAUUCGGUCAUCUCGAGGCCCCAACAGGAAAUCGUGUGUUAAGGUCCCGCUCACCCAAUGAUGACAAUAAUGUUACUACGGCUAGCGCUGGUACAGAUGUUGAUGCAGACGACGCUCGGCUUUCCGAUAGUACCGUAAAGACGGUAAAGACUGAGCCUGGCAGUACCGUAAGAAGAGAAAACAUGUUGGUCAGGACUAUGAGCAAAAGUGCUGGACCUCCGGAGCCACGGCCACAACCUGGUCCUUUGCACGACUUGAGCCCCAACACUCCUACGCUACCCCGCACGAGUGCCGCUCCCCUAACUUCCGGCAAAAAGCUCGACCAUAGUAGGGGAGCUGCUUCUGUGCAUGUGCUUUCAGAAGACGGAGACAACGCCAGACGUGGGUUUAAAAAACCGCGCAUCGAUGAUACCACCCCCAAGGCUGCAGGUACAGGAAGAUUGAACGGAUUACUGGAAGGAACUUCGCCUCAAGUUGAUAGAACAAUCUCGAGCCCACGUUCCGCGCCUGGUGCGGUCCGACGGCAGCGCGAGUGGUUAGACAACACUGUUUCAGAGCAACUGGAAAGAUACGCCGUCGCCAGAUCUGUGGAAAAGCCCGUCAGUCGUAUCACCAGGACUGUGCGAGACAAGCCACUUGCUCGCGCUGCUAUUGCGAGGUACAACGACAAAGAUGACCCUGGAGACAUUCUACCAGAGCAUGAGCCUCUACGCGCCCGACCGCUUCAUCGUCUGAACCUUGAGGACUUCAGAGUCAAUCCCAAAGUGAGCGGAGAGUUAGGAUAUGCAUACCGUGAAAGCAUCCGAAAGCGCGAGGAGAAGAAAUGCUUACCUGGUUGUACGAGAGAGGAGUGCUGUGGUGCGAUUCGACGCUUCAUUGCCGCAGGCGGCUUGCCACAAGACACCUCACUCACCGAUGACGAGUUGACAUUACAAGGAUACCUGGGGUCAGCAUAUGCGUCUUUGAUACACAGUGCUACAGGACAGGAGAGACAGAAAAUGCUGUUGGAAGCGAGGGCCAAGGCAUUUGCGGAUACACAUGGCAAGCACAGAGAAGUGUUUCAGAGGAACAGAACACCUCCUGGGUUCUGGCGUACUGAGAUGCCUUCGACGCAAGAACUGGAACAGGACUGGGAGGAAGCGAGGAAGAUGGAUCGCCAGAAGGUGGAAGAGAGAUGGCGAGAAGCCAUGAGAGGUGGCCGCUACAUCUUCAGGGAUGAGACAUGA